UAUAUAUAUAUAAAUACUCGCGUGGAGAAGAAUCUCGAUCAGUUUCACCUUCUCGAGCUAAUUAUCUCAGAAGUAGAUUUACCUGAUGCUUGUGGACCAGGUAAAAUGACGGUUCCCGCGAAAAGUCUUCAAGUUUUCAUUUUUACGUUCAUGAAUGUGAACCAUUUUCUUGUCACAAUUUUUUUUAGAGAACACGUUGAUUAGAUCUCUGUUAAAGAACACAAUUUUUUUUUGGAUUGAUUAAUGUUCCUUUCAGUAACGUAUAUUUUAUUGUUUGCAAUUCAAACAAUCGAAUAACUGUCUUGAGUGCUCUGCUGUUUCCAACUCAUCAAGUUCAUGACGCUCUUUCCGUUGAUUAUUUCCCUGAAUGUUCAUGAAACGUUAAUUAAUGCUGUACUCGCUUUUAUAUUGGAUAAUUAUCAGCGUGAUUAGCCCCUUCACCCACUACUGAUUACAGCUAGAAUAAUGUUAGUGUUUGAUCCCAUUACGUAAUUUUAUCUGAAGCUGCGGAAGGCGGACUUAAUAAAUUAGUACUACCAGUGUGCAAGCUGAUCCGUUGUAUCAUGUAAUCCCAAAAUAGAAGCAACAAAAACAUUUGUAUAAGAAAAUUAUUUCAGAAUAAAUUUAUUAGCAAGGUCUUGACCUUUGCAAUUUAUAAUAAUGAAUAAUUUGGAGUUACGUGCAAGGGAUUAGCAAGCUAGCCUGCGUGAGAAUUUAAUUAUAGGACACAGUUUGGAAAAUGGGUCCAAUGCAGCUAUAUUCGCAUAUUGCUCUCUAAUAACUAAGUCCUUGCAUGUACUUCUCUUAUAGUGAAACGAUGAAAAGAAAAAAUGAUAAGGGUCAAAUAAAAAAUAACCGCAUAACAGCUUUUUUUCUUUGGGCAACAGCUCCUCCUGCGUACAUAAUAUACUAACUAGGAUUACAAAUCUUUCGGUAGUUUAUCUCCUAUAUAUAGAGAGAUUGACAAUAGAUAUAUAUGGAUAUAUCAAUACAUAUGAACACAUUGGAAACAUGCAUAUAUCUAUCUAUAUGUCUAUCUACCCAUAAGAUGCUUCCGCGAAAGGUGCGAUUCUCCCAUUAAUAAAAAUAUAUUAUUUCAAGAAAAAAUAAUACUAGUUACCUUAUUUAAUUUCAAACUUUGAAUCAUCUAUAUAUCUUCAACGAUUUCAACCGCGUUGUUGAUUUUCUCUUCCAUAAUUUGUACAUAUCUAUUCCUCUAUUUAUUUAUUUAUUUCGGUAUCUAUUAUAGUAUCCGGAAACUAUUAUAUAAAUGCUGACUUUCAAGUUGGGCCAGUCAAUUAAUGAGUAAAGCUCUCACAACGUAUAUUUUCCCCAUUCACAAUACUUGAAUCCGAUAUUUUACUUAAGGGGAACAAGCGUUAAAUCGCUUGAAUCAACUUACGUUCAUUUUCGUUUCUUUAUAACUAUCUAGAAGUGAUGGAAAAAUUCCGUAUCCAUAUGCAUGAACGUAUGAACACACAACUCGAAUUUUACGAAACAAUAAAAUUUACUUUCUCAUUUAAUCAAACAUUUCAUUCUUUUAUAUAUAUAUUAAAAGUAGAAAGUGAAUUUAUUAUAAGUUUUAUGCAUAGGACUGGCCGACGUUUAGCUUGUGUUUGGUUUUUGAGUUGGAUUAUGAUAUAACAUAAUUUAAUUUUGUGUAAUGAUUGUAAGUGUUUACAAGUAUAUUAAUGUGUGGGAAUAUAUAUCUAUAUAUAUAAGAAAGUAGAUAGUAAAUUUAUUAUUAAGAAAUUGAGUAUAAAAAUGAUUAGAAAAAAAAUGAGUGAGAGAUUAUUAUUAAAUGAUAGAAAAAAGAUAAAUAGUAAUGAUUAUAUUAUUAAAUUAAAAUAAUAGAGUUGAGUCGGGUAGAAUUGGAUUAUUAUUUGAAAAACAAAUGGCGAGGAGCAUUUACGUACUCUACCACCGAAUUAUUUUCGUAUGGAUAAUCAACUUGAUCUACAUUCCAACAUGUCAGACAUUUUCGGUACGGAUGCCCCAGCCGUCUAAAGUGACGACCUAAUUAAACCAGAUCAGCCAAUCGCAUUUACGAUAUCAUUUUGAUUAUUAAGUGCAAUUAUUAUUGAUAUAAUUCCUGGCAUCUAUAUCACUGACUCAUUAUAAACUAUUGUACUUUAAAUAAAAAAAAUACUGGAAUAAAGUAAAGCAACUCGAAGAUAAAUUAACUCACGUGCAAAUUUUCGUUAAAUAAAGUUUUUUUUUAGAGCACACGAUCUUCCUUAUUGUCCAGAAAAUUAAUUAAAAAUGUUUCAAUUUGCACGACUUGAUAUUCUAAAAUUUAAUGAGUACUAACUAAUUCAAAUUUGAGUAAUGUUGGUUUCUUAAAGAGUAAAACUCUUCCAAUGGUUAAUUUUCUCCAUUCACGAAGUCAUUAAAUUUUCACAUUUUGGAUAAUAUUUUUUUUAUAUGCAAUGGUAGGAAAAUAGAAGAGCAAGUGAAGAGGUAUGAGAUAUUUCACCAAUGAGAAUGAAAUAUAAUUUCAUUUUUGGUUAUUAACUUAGAAACUCACAAGUUUUAAUUCUUUUUUUUAUGAUCUAUCAAUUUUUAUUUUUAUUUUUUUAUCUGUAAAUUUACAAAAUUUCAUUAUAUUAUCACAUUUAUCACAUAGUUAGUUUCACGUGGAAGAUAAUAGUGAAUAUGACAAAAAAAAAAGAUACAAGAUGUCCGAAUGAUCAUCAAAUAUAUGUACGACAUGUAAGUGCGGUACAAUAUGGACUUAUGAGCUUGACACGUACAUACAUGCACCAUGUUGUAAUAAACUUGUGAGCUUGACGUACAUGUAAAUGCCUCUGUAAUAGACGUGAAUGGAAAGAAGUGAACAAUGCAAAAGUGGUUUCAUUUUCCAUUAUAAAGAGGCAUAAGCUUAGUCUAAUAAUAGAAAAAGUGAAAUGAACAUGCACAAAAGUCCCAUUAGUGAGUAUCAAAUUCGAGAAUUCUUAGUUUUGAUUUGCGACUUGUGCCACUAUAUUAAUCGGUAUUCCUCAAAUAUCGCUCCUAUCUAGCAUACCAGUAAUAGCAUAAGGGUAAUUAAUGCCUCAAUUGUCUAAUGACUUGAGGAUGCUAAGGCACCCAAUUAUAUAAAAGACUAGGGAUUAAUUAUAACUUAGAAAACCUAACAAUAGACAAAUUUUUCAGAGGGGCAAAGUACAUAUGCAUGCUUUUCAAAAUUUUUGGAGCCAAUUGGGAGCUAGUGUAGAUAGACAGACAGACAUCCAAAGCUAGUGUAACAUAGAAAAAAGGAGAAACAAAAAAAAAAUAAAAAAUUUUAAAAGACAGCGACCGGAGAAAAUCUCCACAUUCGUCCUCUGGACCCAUCAUGGGACGAAGAAUCACUAUAUAUAAUCUUUGUUAAUGUUAAUGUUAAUUGGGGUGAUGCUACUAUCGUUAGUAGCAAAAAUAAUUACCACGGUUUUUUUCUCCCGAGCCAUUAGAUCUCUUUACAUAAAAUUCAGGUCAUACAUGUGUUCAAAAUUUUUUUUACCUUAAGAUUCACCCCCUCACACUUUAAUUAUCGAUAUUUUCGAUCACGCAUCUUCUCAUCAAUGCUUGGUCUCACUCGCGAAUAAUCCGGAUCCGCUUCGAUAUUAAAUUGUAUAGAAGGGCAGUGCGAUAUAUCUGCUAAAUAUGUCUCCAUGUACCCAAAGAAGAAACAAGCACAUACAUAUAUAUACAUACACGUUUAUGUAUGCAUAUAUUUGAGCCAAUGUUUUGUUUCAUAUGUUGUCCGAGGAAGCUCCUGUUUCAUCUUUUUCUGUCCAUUUUUUGGCUGGUCGAAUUGGGUUUUUUCUGUUUUCUCUCUGUUUUUUUCUCUGCAAUUCGAUGAAGUUUUUCAAUUUGUGUUUUCUUGAGAACAUCAUCAUACGUCUUGCUUUGAUGUUGUGAUGAAUAUCGGAUUUCUCAACUUUGUCUCUAUGCCUCUCUCUUUCUCUGAAUUUUAGGAAUUUUCAAUUUUUGAGACUUAAUUUUCUUCUCAUCUCUUUUUUUUAAGUAAUUAAAUUAUUUUUUAUUUGAUUGAACCAAUAAAUUUUGAUUCGUUUUAAUAUCGAAGCGGAUCCGGCUCGAUCAUGUGCGAGAAUGAUCAGUGUCGAUGAGAAGAUGUGUGGUUGAAAAUAUCGAUAGUCAAAUUAUGAGAGGUGAAUCUUAAAGUGAAAAAAUCUUGAACACAUGUACUAUCAAGAUCUUACGUAAGGGGAUCUAAUAGUUAAAAUAAAAAUAAUCGCGACGGUUAUGGUAGUAGAAUCUCCAAUGUUAGUUGUAUGUCAAUCGUCCUAUCUGAAGUAGCUAUUAAAUUUUCUACCAAAAAAGAAAAGAAAAGAAAAGAAAAGAACUAGCUACUAAGUUCCAAGUACCAAAUAUGAGAAAUGCUAUAUAUAUCUUCUGGUCUAGUAAUGACAAAUUAUUUUCAAAGAGGGCACAUUUCUUUUAUCUUUUGGGCAAACUUUUUAAUGGAGAUAUGACAAGAAGUAUUAAUUUGAGGCUUGUUGAAAAGUAAGAUGGUGGGUGUUGACUGGUCAAUCAAUUUGUUAAUAGAAUAAAAUUUUGCGGAGGAAAAGUCUCGUUAACUAAUGAUAUCUUGAUGACUUCUAUAAAAUAUUUGAUACCGUUUAUGUCCAUGAUAGUUACGUAGUGAACUAAUAGCCCAUAACGCAUCAGAUGUUUUAGAAAUGAUUUAUAGAACUUUGAUUUCAGAAAAAAGAAUGAACUUAUAGAAUUACCACUAUACUUCUUCCUUAAAAUUUUCAUGUUGUACAGACAAACAUUCGAGUACUCGCAAUUUGUCCAUUCACAUUGAUCACUCCUCUGGAUAUUCUAGAAAGAAAUUUAACGCUGGCCCAUAAUUUAUCAUAAUAUAAUGUGAAAUUGAAUAAAUCUUUUCCUGAAUAAUAUAAUUUCAUAUUUUCCCGCAUAAUGUAUUCUUCGUCAAAGCUCUAUAUAAAUAAUAUAUAUAAGUAGGGAAAGCAAGUAUUUCGUAUUUUCGAAAUAGUUUUGGUUAACAUUCUGUACGAAACAAAUGCAUUUGAUAAAUGAUUACGAUUUCAUUAAUUUCUCAAUAUUAGUCGACCAUGCACUACUCAUUUUCUUUUUUAAUCCUUCAUAUUGCCUGUGAGUUUAGGCAAAGUUAGUUACUGAGCCGCUCAUUGUUUAAUUAAUUUGUUCCCCGUGCACUAAUUGCUAAUAGAACCAUAAGGGGUCACACGGAGCUUGCCCUCCACGUUUCCACAUUGUCGGCUAUUGUAAUUCCACAGUUUUGAUUUGGAAGAAAAUGUUGUCCUAAUUAUUAGCUGGUUUGAAACAAAGACUAAUCUGUUAAAUUUGAUCGAUAAAAUUUGAGACAGUUGACAUGAUAGUGUCAUAUCUUUGCAUCGUGCUUUAUGAUCAUAAAAGACUUUAUGCGAAACGCGCUUAUUCUCUCUCUCUAGAUAGUCCCGUUGACAAAAGUUGAACUUAAAAAUUCUUGAUUUACCGACAGAAAUUGAAUUUAAAAUCACUUCUUGUUUUUUUUUUAAUAAUCUGUACUUUGGUAUUCGAAAAUUGAAUUUGAAAUUCUUAAGGGACUGGCUUCCCUAGCUUUAGAACAAGUGAAGGCUGGAUUCCGUAUAUCAUCUCAACAUGAUCCAAUAAUUUGUACAAAAUCAACUAUUAUAUUAGCAAGAGAAAGCACACCCAGAUGGUCAGAUAUAUGUGCAACCUGCACGUACGGUACAAUAUGGAAUUAUGAGCUUGACACUCAAGAACUGACUCUAGCUAAUAAUCUGUAUCUAUAAGUUAUAGACAUGAAUAUAAAAAGGCGUGGAAUAGAUUAAACAAUACAAAUUCUUGUAUCUAUAAGUUAGAGACAUGAUUCCACUUUAUGUUUGAUUUCAUUCCAUGUAUACCAAUAAUAGCAUAAAGGGUAAUGCCUCAAUUUUUUUUAAUGCCUCAAUUUUCUAUUGACCUGAGGAUGGUUAGGCUCCCAAUCAUGGAAAAGAUUUAGAACAUGACUUUUUCUUUUCUUUUUUUUUCCUCCAAUGGUGAAGAAGUUUCUAUGGACCUAGUACGAAAAAAAGAAGAAGAAAUUUAACUCUAAAUCUAAGUAAAAUGUUACAAAUAUGCACAUUGUUGAGAAUCAAAUCUAAAAACCUCUUGAUAUUAUUAGGCGAUAGUGUGUAUCACUACACUAGGUCGACUUUCUAGAUGUAGAAGUACCUUACUUAAAAAGCCUGCUAAUGGUUAAAAUUUUCAAUGGGGCAUAGGACACAGGUUUGUACUUUUCAAAUGUUCUAGAGCCAAUUGCGUUCAAAGCUAGUGUUCGGGAGGACUUUUAAUUUUUUUGGAUUUAGGUAACAAAUUUCUUAUCCUUUUCAAAUUUUUAUGAUAAAUAUGGGUGGAGCAGGUGGAGGAAUAAUCAAUCACCAUCUUAUUAGAACUUCCUUAGAUCCUUCUCCCUAUAAAUACCUCCUUCAAUAAGAGCUUUGAGCAUCACAAAAGAGAAGGAAAUCGCAGCAAAAAAAAAAAAAAAAAAAGAGCAAAAGUAGUGUACAACAUUUUCCUGUUUAUGAGAAGAUCAAUGGGUGCUAAUAGAGGCCUGAUCUUUGCAUUCCUCUGUUUCGUGGUCUUGCAUGGGUGGGCUCUGUACUCCGCCGAGGCUGCUGUGCAUUACUACGACUUCAUUCUUGAGGAGAGCAAUUUUACUAGACUAUGUAGCAAUAAGAGCAUGCUAACGGUUAACGGAACCUUCCCGGGGCCAGUGAUUCGUGUUCAAAGAGGGGACACAGCGUACGUGAAUGUCCACAAUCAGGGAGAAUACGGUGUUACUAUUCACUGGCAUGGCGUAAAGCAGCCGAGAAACCCGUGGUACGAUGGACCUGAGAACAUUACACAGUGUCCAAUCCCUGCCGGCACCAACUUCACAUAUGAGGUCAUUUUCUCUGAUGAAGAAGGAACUCUGUGGUGGCACGCACACAGCGACUGGACCCGUGCAACUGUUCACGGAGCGAUUGUCAUCUCACCUCCCACCGGAACCGACUAUCCCUUCCCUAUCAAGCCCGACGCGGAGGAAGUAAUAAUACUAGGAUCUUGGUUUAAGGGAGACGUGAUGGGGAUAAUUGAGAAUGCGCUUGCCACGGGUGCUGCCCCGAACCUUUCUGAUGCCUUGACCAUUAAUGGGCAACCCGGGGAUCUAUACGAGUGCUCAAGGGACUCGACCUUUCGCUUGCUGGUUGAGUCUGGGAAGACCUACCUCCUCCGAAUAAUCAACGCCGUGAUGAAUGAGGAGAUGUUCUUUGGGAUCGCCGGGCACAACAUCACUGUUGUUGGAAUGGAUGGCGCGUACCUCAAGCCCGUUAGCGUCGAGCACAUCAUGAUAACUCCAGGCCAGACUAUGGACGUCCUGCUCACGGCGGACCAGACUCCAAGCCAUUAUUACAUGGCAGGGUCUCCUUUUGCCGAUAGUUUUGCCCCGUUCGACAGAUCCACCACGACUGCCAUCGUGCAGUACACCACCGGAAACUACACCCCGCCUCCUAUGCCAGCUUCCCCAUCACUUCCUGCUUAUAAUGACAGAGACGCAGCGGAGAACUAUAUGGGACUGCUCAGGAGCCUUGCAGACGAUGAGCAUCCGAUCAACGUCCCGAAGAAUGUCACCACGAGUCUGUACAUAACAGUUUCGGUGAAUCAGAUCGAUUGCAACGGUACAUGUGGUGGGCCGGAUGGGAACAGGUUUGCAGCCAGCUUGAACAACAUCAGCUUUGUGACCCCAAAUGUGGACAUUUUAGAAGCAUAUUACCAUAACCUGCCUGGUAUAUUCGAGAGGGACUUUCCCGCUGAGCCACCAUUUUACUUCAACUUCACUGGAGAUGUCGGGGAGAACACAUUAUACCCGAGCGUAGGAACCAAGGCUAGGUUGAUCGACUUCAACGAGACAGUUGAAAUUGUGUUCCAAGGGACUAAUGUGGCAAAUGCGGACAACCAUCCUCUGCACGUCCAUGGUUAUAGCUUCUAUCUCGUCGGCUUCGGACGGGGUAAUUUCAACAACGAAACUGACCCGAUUAAUAAUUACAAUCUCGAAGACCCGCCACUAGUGAACACCUUUGGCAUUCCUAAAAGCGGAUGGGUUGCGCUAAGAUUCGUCGCGGAUAAUCCAGGAGUGUGGUUUAUCCACUGCCACCUUGAGAGGCACUCGAGCUGGGGAAUGGACACCGUGCUUAUAGUGAAGAACGGUACGACGGGUGCAACCAGCAUGCGCACACGACCUAAUUAUAUGCCACCUUGUUCAGCCCCCUAGUUUCUGUCGCCGACAGAGUUAGGUGCUCUUUGAUUGUGCUACUACUAAUUUCCCCUAAUUUAAAUGUCAAAAUGAAGUCCUGUUCAAGUCCUUUAUUUUUUGAUGAAAUUAGUGCUUAAUGUAAUAAGUGAUUUCUUGCUCCACAGAUCGAAAGGAAAUAAAGUAUAUGAAAAGUUUUAAGUUAUUUGAUU